AUGAGUAUAACUUCACAGCCAGAAAAUGAUCAUGUCUCUUCAGAGAGAACAUAUGAAAUAGUAAGGACCAAUGUUAACAUCAUUCCUGUGACAAUCAAGCAAAUUCUCAAUGCUGAAGUCAAGGAUAACGCUUUUAUGAUCAAUGGAGUUCAAGCCAAAGUUAUCAGAAUCAUUGGUAAGAUCCUUUCUCAUGAAGAACAAGACGCUACAACAGAUAAAUACGUAUUAAACGAUUGCUCAGGUACAAUUGAAGCAUUCGAAAGUGUUGAUCCAUCAAAUGUUAGAGAACCAUUUGAAGAUAACAGAUAUGUAGCCAUUACUGGUAUGUUAAAAUUUGAAAAUGAUUCCAAAUCCUUAUCAAUUGAAUCAAUCGAAUACGCUGAUGAUUACAAUAGGAUAACAUAUCAUGCACUUGAUACAAUUCAUGCUCAUUUAUACUUUACAAAAGGUGGAUUCCCACAGAAUACUAUAUAUACAGCUCAAAAUAGAGAACCAUACCAGCCAAAUACUGCUCAUGCUGACACAAAGGCAGCAUCUGAAGGUGAUAUAGAUCAAGGAAUCCUUUCAUGCAUGAAAUCCCAUGGUGAAGGUGCUCAAGUUACGAAAUCAGAAAUCAUCAGUGCACUUAAGGAUAAGUUCUCGGUUGUUCAGAUCGAAGGACGCAUUUCCAAGCUCAAUGAAGAUGGUCUUAUAUACCAAGCUGAUGAAGAUACAUAUUCAAUUGCAUAA